UGGGCGAGGCUCGAACCCGACCGCACCCGAGCCAACCGCUUUGCGGUCUCGCUCCUUCCCGCACCUCGCCUCCGGCGAGACGAAACCCUAGCUCGUCUGUCGUCUCCAUGGACAACCACGGCCACGCCUCCGCCGGCAAGCGCAAGCGCAGCCGCAAGCCGAAACCGCCGGCCACUGCAUCCUCCGAUAGCAACUACCAGCACCCCGCCCCCUCCGCCUCUCCCCUCGCCGCCGCAGCCGCCGCGUCAGACUGCCCCGACCCAGAGCCCGCGUCCUCCUCCCCCGCGCCCCGCCGCCGCGGCCGCAAGUCCCGGCGCGUCAGCCACGAGCCCCCCUCCGAGGCCGAGGCCGUCCCCUCUCACCCACCGCGGCGGGGUGGGCCCAAGGGGGUGCCCAACGGCGGGGCGGAGUCCCCCGCGGCGGUGGAGCCGUCGCGGCGGGUGCAGGUGAUGAAAGUGGAGGUCCCCGCGGCGGUUGAACCCCUGCGGUGGGAGCAGGUGGUGAAGGUGAUGCCGUCGAUGGACGCCGUGGUGAAGGUGUUCUGCGUCCACACGGAGCCCAACUUCUCGCUGCCGUGGCAGCGGAAGAGGCAGUACAGCUCUAGCAGCAGCGGGUUCAUCAUUGGGGGUCGCAGGGUGCUCACCAACGCCCACUCUGUUGAACAUUACACCCAGGUCAAGCUCAAGAAGCGUGGCUCGGACACCAAGUACCUCGCUACCGUCCUUGCCAUAGGCACCGAGUGUGACAUUGCAAUGUUAACUGUCGAGGAUGAUGAAUUCUGGAAAGGGGUUUCACCGGUGGAGUUUGGGUCACUGCCAGCACUCCAGGAUGCUGUCACUGUUGUUGGUUACCCAAUUGGAGGAGAUACUAUUUCAGUGACAAGUGGUGUAGUAUCUAGGAUAGAAAUACUUUCAUAUGUUCAUGGUUCUACAGAACUUCUUGGAUUACAGAUAGAUGCAGCUAUAAAUUCAGGAAAUUCAGGGGGCCCUGCUUUUAAUGAUAAGGGCAAAUGUGUUGGUAUAGCUUUUCAAUCUCUUAAACACGAAGAUGCGGAGAACAUAGGCUAUGUUAUACCCACUCCAGUUAUCAAGCACUUCAUUGAAGACUAUGAAAAAUCUGGAGAAUACACCGGUUUUCCUAUACUUGGUAUAGAAUGGCAGAAAAUGGAAAAUCCUGAUCUCCGCAAGGCAAUUGGAAUGAAAUCUGACCAAAAGGGUGUUCGUGUACGAAGGGUUGAGCCAACUGCUCCUGAAUCUGGAUGCCUCCGGCCUUCUGAUAUUAUUCUUAGCUUUGAUGGUAAUGACAUUGCCAAUGAUGGUACAGUUCCUUUUAGGCAUGGAGAGCGCAUUGGAUUCAGCUACCUUGUUUCUCAGAAGUAUACUGGUGAGAAGGCACACGUGAAAGUUCUGCGCAAAUCAAAGAUCCAUGAAUUUAACAUAAAGCUAGCGACACACAAAAGGCUCAUUCCAGCUCAUAUUAAGGGAAGGCCACCAUCAUAUUACAUCGUUGCUGGCUUUGUUUUUAUGGCCGUAUCUGUUCCACAUCUUCGAUCUGAGUAUGGAAAAGACUACGAAUAUGAUGCCCCGGUCAAGUUGUUGGACAAGCACUUACAUGCAAUGGCGCAAUCACCUGAUGAGCAGCUUGUGGUGGUGUCACAGGUGCUUGUGGCAGAUAUAAAUAUUGGUUACGAAGAGAUAGUCAAUAUUCAGGUUCUUGCCUUCAAUGGCACACCAGUUAAAAAUUUGAAGCACCUAGCGACCAUGGUGGAACAGUGUGAUGAGGAAUUCUUGAAAUUUGAUCUUGAUUAUGAUCAGGUCGUUGUCCUGGAAACAAAAACUGCGAAGGCUGCGACUCAGGACAUUCUGACAACACAUUGUAUACCGUCGGCUAUGUCAGAAGACCUGAGGAAGCAAGAUGCUGGCUGAUACAAUAAAAUGAUCCUACAAUCUAGCUGGGACAGGGACAUACUCGAUUUUGUCAAUCAAUACAGCUCCUGUCCCACAAGAAGCGCUGCAGGAAUUCCAGUGCUGCUGACGGGUCUGGAUGUCGAAGAGCAGAAUGUAGUCCGUUUACACCAAAGAAAUGGUAGGAUAGAUUGAUUAGAUUGGAUGGCACAUUGAGCUAUUGGGAAAUGGUGGGAUAGAUAAAACAAGGUUAUACUCUUAUUUCAUUUAUUAAGUCCAUAACAGAAAAGUCGUCCUGAAUAACGUUGCAUAUUCCCAUUUGCCAUGGUUGGUCUGAUGAUGCUUUCACUUUA